AUGUACACGGUUUAUGUCACGCCCAUCUUGGAGUAUCCAGAGCCAGUAUUGAACCCGUAUCUGCUUAACCACAUAAAGAAACUGGAAAAAAGUGCAAAGAGUUUCCGGUUUGAGGAGAAGAUGCGCUACCGGCAGAUGUUGCAACAGUUUACAAACACCUCAGUGUUGCCUAACACAUACAGUGUGUAUCAGAGAUCAUGCAGGACCCCAAGUGUAUGUAGUAGGUAUGUGCAACUGGACUCUGAAACUGAGAGCGUCAUCUUCGUGGAAGAAGUGAAGAAACUAAAACACGGAAAUUCAUUAGAACAAAUCCUGCAAGAGUCUUCCAUCUAUAGCAAGGACUGGUGGAAGAAACGGCGUGAAAAGUAUGAAACGCAAAGCAAAAAUGAGGAUGUGGAGAUUGAGUUUGCAUCUCAAAGGCAAAGAAAAUUAACAGAGAAGCGAAUACAGCAACAAAAUUCCCUAGAAGACAGAAUUACACACAGGUUGAAAUACCUGGACCUGAGUUUCCCAUCUAAGGUGGAGGAAAUACCACCGGAGCUUGAAGUGGAGCCACAGCCGCAGGAAUUUAUACAACUCACUCCUGAGAUGGAGGAUGUAAUUGACAGUGCCCUAAAGAAGUUCCCAGCAAGUGAGGUCCUAGUAGACAAAUUCAACAUUCAAAUUAUUCGUCGAGAUAUUGCUACAUUGUCAGGACUAAACUGGGUCAAUGAUGAGGUAGUACUACUUGCUACAAGAUUAAUGGUCCAAGCGCGAAUAUACGCUGUGUUAUCAGUCAGUCAGAAGUGGACUAAGAAAGUUGAUGUGUUCACGUAUGAUCUGCUCCUUGUACCAGUUCAUCUAGGAAUGCAUUGGUGUCUGGCUACAAUUGACUUCCAGACAAAAUCAAUCCAAUACUAUGACUCCAUGCUGGGUACCAACGACCAAUGUUUAGAAGCUCUGCUUGACUACCUAAUAUCUGAGCACGAGGACAAAAAGAAAUCUCCUUACAAUGCAAGUGACUGGAUAUUGACCAAUGUUAAAUCUAUACCACAACAGAUGAACGGAUCAGACUGUGGAAUGUUCGCCUGCAAGUUUGCAGAGUAUUUGUCCCGCAAUGCUCCCAUAACAUUUCAACAGCAACAUAUGCCCUAUUUUAGAAGAAGAAUGGUGUACGAAAUUGUAAAUGCUACUUUAAUGUAAAACAGCUUUAUAAAAUAAAUGUCCAUAGAAAAGCUAAGGUGUAUGACUGUGGAGGACUCGUGUUAGACAUCAGUCUCUGAUGUUAUGAGGUCCGAAAUCGUAAAUAAACUUAGCAUAUAAUUCACUUUGACAUUUCAAAAUUUACUAAUUGGUUCAUGAUGGUGUUACUUAAAUGAGGUAGUUGUGGCAGUUUGCCUCAAGGAAAAAAUCUUGUAUCAAAAUUAAUUUCACAAUACAGUAUCAUGAAAUUAAGAAAUUGUAGCAACAGUAUAGAUGGGACUGAUGUAGCAACAUUACUUGUGUGAGACCUCUACCUUAUGAUAGUCUUAGAUCUACAUUUUUUGCACUUAGAUAAUUAAAAAUUUGUAUAUUAUAUUUGUUGUAAUGGGGACAGCGAGUGCCAAGCAGCUAUAUUAUUUGAUGAUGAUAAGACUAUUGUUACUCUAUACUACAAUACUGAAAUGAAAAGUUGUAACAAGUGUCUAGAACAUAAUGCUUUCCAGUGAAUGUUGUGGAAUUGUGGUACAAAUUAUUUUAGUUGCCUUGUUGUUUAAAAUAUGGUAAUAUGUUGCUAAAUUGAAUUUUUGGACACAUUCUUCUUGUAUAAUUAGAAAAAAUGGAGACAUUUUUACUGUCAUCAUUAAUAAACAUUUCUUGUCAGUGAUAUUUUUUCCAUCUUGUACAUAUUCAGCUAUUAGAUUUAUAAACUAUCUAAGCAUCUUCUGUCAACACAUUUAAUAAUAUAGGGCACUUCAUUUUUGCCUUAAAAUUAUUUAAAGCUAAUGCAUUUUUUUCUUAACACAUCGGCCGUUUCCCACCAAGGCAAGGCAACAUAUUUUUCCUUAUUAGAAAAUAUUAAUAUAAUAUCAUUUUCUUCUCAAGUAAUGUAUUACUGAGGCCAUUUCUUCAAUUAUUCAUUCAGAUGUACAAAAUCUUGCAAUUGCCAAAGAUAAUGUUUCUCCAUGCAUUUCUGUUUUUUUUAUGAGGAGGUUUUUCAUCUGGAAUAUACGUGUAUUUAUGGUGGAUGUAUAGUAAUGACUGAGAUGCAUGAAAAGAACUGUAGUCAACCCACUCUAAAAGUGCCAAGUGAUGACAACUUGGAGAGAUAAGGAUGAGUGUUGUUACAUCUAUGAAUUACAAUGUGCCUUAAAACACUUUUAAGCUAGAAGCAUUGGCCAGAACAGUGUGUAAUAAUUUAUGCUGGGUGCGAAGAGUUACAGACUUGAAAAUAACACUAAAGAAAGAGUACUCGCUAAAUUGUGUGUGUAUGAGCAGAGUGCUAGCUCAUGGCAGCCUCACUUAAUUACAGUCAGCAUCAUUAUCGGUCCCAGGAGCUAUCAUCUCUACCUGCAACACUGUAAGGUGUGUGUGUCAGAGCAUAUUAUUUAAAAGGGGUGUUUGUAUGUUGUGAAUGCUGGUGAAAACCUAAAAUGUUUGUUUAUUUUUUCAAAACUGACCGUCUCCCACCGAGGUAGGGUGACACAAAAAGAAACACUUUCAUCAUCAUUCACUCUUACCACUGUCUUGCCAGAAAUGCUCCGAUACUACAUUUAACCCCUAAAUGGUCCAGACGUAUAUAUACGUUUUUUCAACAUUUGAAAGUAUGUAAAAAAAUGUAGAUCUUCUUUCUUCUUUUACAUUUGGAAAUGUGUGAAAAAACUUUCGUCUACAUUUUUUUUUUUUGUUAUACUUGAAAAUAUGUAAAGAAAUGUUGAUCUACUCUUGGAGCACUACAGAUUUGAACGUUGAUCUGUUUGGACCGUUUAAGGGUUAAGGUACCCCUCCAUUAUUAUAAUUAUAAUCAUGGGGAAGCACUAAACCCAUAGGAUUAUAUAGUGCCUGUGGGGGUAGGAUGGAAGGUAUUCAGGCUUAAUUCAGGUAACUGGAGCACAGAUCCAAUUCCCUAGAUCAAGAGCUUCUCAUUAGCAUCAAGGAACCUCCCUUGAGAGGUAGUGCCCCUCCAAACUACAAACAUCCCUACCCCUCUAGAGUGUAGGCACUGUACUUCCCACCUCCAGGACUCGAGUGCAGUUAACUGGGUUCCCUGUAUCCCACUCCUCAUACCCCAACAGCUUGUCAAGUCCCAAAAACCAUUUGCCUCUACUUACUCCUUUCUAACAUGCUCACAAACUCCUGUAGGAUGUUCAUUCCCCUCAAACACAAAACCACCUUUACCACCUCCCUUAAACCUUUCUUAGGAUGACCCCCCAUCCUCCCAUGCCUUCCAUCUCCUACAGAUUUAUACACCCUCCAAGUCAUCUUAUUUUCCCCUGUUCUCACUUAAUGUCCAAACCACCUCAAGAAUCCCUCUUCAGCCCUCUAGAUAAUAACUUUAGUAACCCCACACCUCCUCCUGAUCUCCAAGCUAUGAGUUUUCUGCAGAAUAUUCACACCACACAUUUCCCUCAAGACACGCCAUCUCCAUUCCCUCCUGCCUCCUCGCUUCAGUGUUCACAACCCAGUCCUUCACAUCCUUAUAAGAGUAUUGGCACCACUAUACUCUCAUAUAUUCCCUUUUUUUUUAUAGCCUCCAUAGAUAACGUUUCUAUAGGUAGUAGGUUGGUAGACAGCAACCACCCUGGAAGGUACUACUGUCCUGCCAAGCAAGUGUAAAACGGAAACCUGUAAUUGUUUUACAUGAUGGUAGGAUUGCUGGUAUCUUUUUUCUGUCUCAUAAAUGUGCAGAAUUUCAGGUACGUCUUGCUACACUUAGGUCACACUACACAUGCAUGACCUCUUCAAGGCUCCUUGGCGUGGUGAAGAGGCUCUUGGUCUGAGGAAUUAGACCUGUCGGUCUCCUUCCUCGGACCGAACCUAAUUACCCCCCAAUCCCCCGUUCCCUAUCCCAUCCUCCCCUUUUUCCUUCCCUAC